UCCUCCACCCACCGAAGACCUGUGGGAGCUCCGAGCUCAGCUCCCAGCAGCCUGCAGCCGCCGGCCGGCAGGAUACACGAGCAUUGGUCUCCUCCUGCCCCCCCUGUGAGCCCCCUCCCCCCCGGGCGGCUAUACAAUCCUCAGCAGUGACCUGAGACUGUAUAGCCGGCCCCAGCACACGGCCACGCUUCACUUUGCUCUUCUAGUUUUGUUGCUUUUAUUAUAUUAUUAGUAUUUUUUUUUCCAUAUUGCAUUACGUUAACCCCUUCUCCUCCCCCGGACCCCUCCAGACCGCAGGUGCUUUCGCUGUCACUUCACCUCCAGGAGCUAUCUGUACCAUUGAGACUAUCUGAGCAGCUGACAAGUCAUCAUGACUGCUGACAAGGAGAGGAAAAGGAGCAGUUCAGAGAGAAGGAAGGAGAAGUCUCGAGAUGCAGCAAGAUGUCGAAGAAGUAAGGAGACUGAAGUGUUCUACGAGUUGGCUCAUCAGCUUCCAUUGCCUCAGAACAUCAGCUCACAUUUGGACAAGGCAUCCAUCAUGCGUCUGACGAUCAGCUUCCUCCGCACACAAAAGCUAUUAUCCUCAGUGUGUUCAGAAGCCGACCUGGACGCAGACACUGAAAGCCAGGUAGAUAAUUUGUAUCUUAAAGCUCUGGAAGGAUUCGUCGCUGUCGUGACUCAAGAUGGUGACAUGGUCUUCCUGUCCGAAAACAUCAACAAGUACAUGGGUCUCACACAGGUUGAACUCACAGGACACAGCAUCUUUGACUUCACCCACCCCUGUGAUCAUGAUGAAAUCAGAGAGAAUUUAAGUGUGAAGUCUGGCACCAGCAUCGGAAAGAAGAACAAGGAGGCCAACACCGAGCGGGAUUUUUUCAUGAGGAUGAAAUGUACCGUCACCAACCGGGGCAGAACCGUCAAUCUCAAAUCUGCAACGUGGAAGGUGCUGCACUGCACUGGUCAUGUCAAGACGUACAACUCCUUCAACCCACACGCCCUCUGUGGCUACAAGGAGCCUAUGCUCAGCUGCCUGGUGAUGAUGUGCCAGCCCAUACAGCACCCCUCCAACAUUGACAUCCCGCUGGACAGCAAAACAUUUCUGAGCCGCCACAGCAUGGACAUGAAGUUCACCUACUGCGACGACAGAAUUACUGAAUUGAUUGGAUACCAUCCAGAGGAGUUGCAUGGGAGAUCGGCUUAUGAGUUUUAUCAUGCCUUGGAUUCAGAAAGCAUGACUAAAAGCCACCAGAACUUGUGUGCAAAGGGUCAAGUGGUCACUGGUCAGUACCGGAUGCUUGCCAAGCAUGGUGGCUAUGUCUGGGUGGAGAGUCACGGCACAGUCAUUUACAACACACGAAACUCUCAACCACAGUGCAUUGUCUGCGUGAACUAUGUCCUGAGUGAGAUUGAGAAAACCAAUGUUGUGUUCUCCAUGGACCAGACUGAGUCUCUGUUCAAACCUCAUAAGAUGACCAUGAACUCCAUCUUCAGCAGUGCUGUGUCUGAUAACACCAGUGACUUGUUGUUUGCCAAACUUAAGGAAGAACCAGAAGAGCUGGCACAGCUCGCGCCCACCCCAGGAGAUGAGAUUAUCUCUUUGGAUUUCGGUGCUCAAUCCUAUGAGGAACCAACAACUUAUAACAGUGGGGCCCAGAGCAGCCCAAGCAAAUGGCCACUGGAAGUCAAGAGCCACAAUUCCCAGGCUGAGAUUGUUAGCCUUCCGUCUUUCACAGCACCUCAGGUGGCCCCAGGAAACAGUACUCCGAGCGCCAGCAGUAACAGUGGCUGCUCUACGCCAAGCAGUCCAGGAGAAUACUACACUACUUUAGAAGAGGGUAUGAAGAUCGAGCUGAUCGAAAAGCUAUUUGCUAUGGACACAGAGGCAAAGAAUAAAUGCAGUACUACCCAGAAUGACUUUAAUGACUUGGAUCUUGAGACCCUUGCUCCAUACAUUCCCAUGGAUGGUGAAGAUUUCCAAUUGAAUCCUAUCUGUCAAGAUGAGGGUCCCCUAAGUGAAAACGCACAACCCCCCCAGCAGAACCUGAGUAGCAUGAAUCCCCUAUUCCAGUCCAGCGCUCCUCCUUCACAAAGCCAGUUUCUUCAUCAGAACUUUUGUCAACCGAUGGCAGCUAAAGGUAGUACUCCAAGCCAGGACGCCCUGCCCAACGGGCUGUAUAAUAGCGGGAGAAAGUCACCACCUUCCUCAGCAUAUCAAACCGGUGCUACUACACCGCUGUCCUCAAUGGGUGGGCGGCCUAACGUACAUUGGCCUCCAGAUCCACCGGUCAGUUAUUUGCACGCGAAAUGGCGAAUGAUGGAUCAGUACAACGAAAAUCCAAACAAUUCAGCUUCAGGACGCCCGAUGCAUUUACACAGCAUGUCAUUAUAUAAGCAAAGAUCGCUUGAGAGUUUCGGUCAGCGGGGCAAAGAUUUACACCCCAAUGAAAUACCGUUCUGCAACAGCAUGAAGAGGAAGCUGCAGCAUGACUAUGGAGAGCGGGGAUUUCCACAGGUCAAUGUGGGGGAGUUAACAGAUAACAACAUACCUUCAAUAAUGUGGAAACGUAUGAAAUCUCUCAAGGAAGAAAUGUCUCCACUUGUAUCAGAAAAGAAAUCCCUGAGUACAAGUGUUCUAACUGAUGACUACAUCUGUAAUAGGCACAGGGGGUUAAGUCCUCAUAUGGCCCAGCAGUCACGGUCACAAUCACACUGUGCAUCAAGCUCAAAAGAUGCAAGGAAAGCCCCUUACCCAGGCACGUUCUAUAGCUGUAAUUACCACGAAUACAACAUGCCACAGUCCCAAAAAGCUAAAGAUUGCUGUGACAUCCCAGCAGUGGAGAGGACCCGUGCUCUGACCAACCGCCUCAUCGGGCCAUCCUACGAACCUUACCUGUUGCCAGAACUGACCAGAUAUGACUGCGAGGUCAAUGUGCCAGUACUGGGUAACUCCAACCUCCUGCAAGGCAGCGACCUCCUCAGAGCGCUGGAUCAGACCACUUGAAAGACAGCGACAAAUUACUCUUUGACUUGUAACUGUUCACAUACAAGGCUUCAGUUUCUAAAUCUAUUUUUCGAGUAGAAAGUUUUAUCACUGAUAAGAGUUUUACCGAAUUUACUCACCUAUGGGACUUUUUUCUUCACCUUACCAAAUAGUGGCCUUAUUGAGAUGGCAUCAUAUUAAAGGAUAAGAUAAAUGCAUAUAUGUUUUACCUGCUGUAUUUUUUCUUUAUUUUAAUAACAAAUUGUAUAGUAUAGACAAUGUUUUACACACGCUUAUACCCGUGUAAAAUUAACUUAUAUUUUUGUAAGUGGCCACAAUCGAUCGUAUGGUGCAUAUAUAUUGUUUAUCGUGCCGAAUUCAUAGAGAAGAUCAUGGGAUUUGUUACUGUCGCAAAUAGGAAAAUUUGAAUGACAUAUAUUUUGCAAUGCCAUGUAUUGUUUCUUUUUGAGUUUCAAAUGCCAUAAAAGAGAUAUAGCAAACUUGACAUUCCCAUAACAA